GUAAAUCUUCAAUAUGGCGGCUGUUUAAGGGAAUCUGUAAUAUGAGCGAAUACUUUUUGCUAGUUUCUCAAAAAUAGAGAUUUUCUCUUAAAUUACUGUUAAAGUUUAACUUUGUCUCAUUGUAUGAAAUACUAUUUGUUUGAGAUUGAUUCGAGGAAUAUUGAUUUAGUCAACUAUGCCUUCGACAUCAUUCCAUUUCAAUGAAUCAGAUGUAAUCAAAUUAAUUUUGGAAUUCUUGCAACAUAGGACUUUAAACAUCAGUUUGUUGUCUUUGGAACGAGAAUCUGGUGUUAUAAAUGGGAUCUUUAGCGAUGAUAUGCUAUUUUUAAGACAGUUAAUACUGGAUGGCCAGUGGAAUGAUUGUAUAGAUUUCAUUCAGCCUCUGAGUUCCAUCUCUCUCUUUGAUUCAAAGUCAUUCCAGUAUAUAAUAAAUAAGCAUAAGUUUAUUGAACUUUUGUGUUUAAAAUCUGAACCUGGAUUACAAGACCAUGAUUCAGCAGUGGAUGAACUUGUAAAGUGUUUGAAUACUCUGGAGAAUUUAUGCCCAUCAAAAGAGGAGUAUAGCAAGUUAUGCUUCUUAUUGACAAUACCUAGGCUCUCUGAGCACCCGGAAUUCGAAAAUUGGAACCCCAGUAAUGCUAGAGUACAAUGCUUUAUGGAAAUCUAUCCCCUUGUUGAAAAGUUUCUUCCAGUAGAUAAACACGAUAAAAGAGCAGAAGAGAGUAAAGCUCAAAAUGAUCGACUAUUGCAACUUGUCAUAAAGGGAAUUAUGUAUGAAGCAUGUGUCGAUUAUUGUCAACACAAGGCCACAAGUUCCGAAUAUGAUUGCAAAGAUUUGAAACUGCAAUUCUGCCUAAAUCGUAGUGGAUUCGCUGAUGCAGAUUUAAGUUUACUUUCAUGGCUGCAGGCCUUACCCCACGAUACUUUUGCUACUCCUUUUGAACAAAAAACGCUGCGCGUUGAUGUUACUCCUCUUGACAAACCGGUUUUGGAAGCUUCGUGGUCUGAACAAAUCCUACUUAAUCCUGUUAAACCAAAAAUGUUUCCGCAUUCGGCAAUACCGAAAAGUAAAGCAGAUUUUAUGACAAGAUCAUUAAAUCCUCAAUUUGAUGGAUUAUCAUCAGGAUUAUCAAGUCUUCAAUCUGCUGAUAGUUCAGCAUCUUUACUAUCUCGGUCAUGCGCAACUUUCCAGCUAGCAUCUCACAAUCCAGAUCGAUCGAAUCCCUUGACCACCAGUGUGGAUAAGCUGUUCGAAAAUCGAAUUAUUGAUACCGAGACUCAUGUUAGAGUUGAAGAAAAGAAGAAAGAGAAAACAUCAACACCCACACGGGGAAGCACCGAUUUAUUUAAAGAAUAUAAAAAGCAAAGAGAACAUUUUGAAGCAGAAUUGGAAGAACAAGAGAGAAAACGGUUAGCUUUGAAAGAAAAGUUAGACGAACUUAACGACAAAGAGGCAGAAAUAGUUGAAAAAGAUAAAAAAGAUGAAUCAUAUGUAAAAGAAUCUGAAGAAAGUGUAAAAUUGGCUUAUGACAAAGAAGAGAAGGAGGGAAAAGAUUCAUCCAUAAUGAGUAUGAUAAGGGAUUUACAUCAUACCUUAAUUGAAAGUGAAAUACCUUCAGAAGAAGGAGAUGUUUCUGACCCUUUAAGUUUGCUAUUUAGGAAUGAAGCAGUAAACUCAAAAAUUAUGUUAUAUGCAGGAACGCCAAAACGAUCUAUUAAAAAGCCCGUUGGGCCUAUUAGUAAAGUCAAUAGAAGCUCCAAUGCAACAGCAAUUGAAGGAAACACAACGCGACCCACAGCUAUAAAGGAUCAACCAAAGCCGAAGUUUCUCCCUGUUGUUCAAUGCGAUGAUGUACAAGCUAUUAGGGCAAUUGCCAUAAAUCCUCGAGGGUCAUUAUUCUGUGUUGGUUCUAAUUCUAAAAUCUUGAAAAUAUGCGCAUAUCCACCUGUAGCUAAUCUAAGAUCUGACCAUGAACUGGUUCCAACUCAAGUGGUUGCCCAACGCCAAAAAGUACACAAGGGGUCAAUCUACUGUGCAACGUGGAAUCCAGCUGGAAAUUUAAUAGCAACUGGUUCAAAUGAUAAAUCAAUAAAAUUGUUACAAUUUGAUGAAGACACAAAUACCAUACUUGGAGAAAAAGAGUUAAAUAUUCAUGAUGCUACAGUUAGAGAUAUAAUAUUUAUGGAAGAUAGCUCUAAUUCAAACACUUUAAUGAUCAGCGCUGGUGCUGGAGACUGUAAAAUACACGUAACAGACUGUGAGACGGGAACUAUAAUUAGAACUAUGAAAGGGCAUUCUGGUCAUGUUUAUGCCCUUCACGCUUGGGAUGACGGAUGUCGCUUUGUUAGUGGCUCUCAUGAUAAAACCGCUAGAACGUGGGAUUUACGAACAUCAGCGGCGAUAGACUUAGUUCCAAGCCCUACAGGCAGUGCUUUUGCUAACGUUGCUGUAGAUCCAUCUGGUAGAUUGUUAGCAUCAGGUCAUGAAGAUGCACAAAUAAUGUUGUGGGAUAUACGGGGUAAAAGACAAUUACAAACAUUUAAACCACACUCGUCUGAUGUGAGAUCUGUGCGAUUUUCGCAAAAUGCCUAUUAUCUACUAUCAGCCAGCUAUGACGGCAAAGUUGUUUUGACGGACUUACACGGUGACCUCCUUCAACCUCGUCCAAGUGUUGUAGUAGCCGAACAUAAAGAUAAAGUUAUACAAGCUAGAUGGCAUCCGGAGCAUCUCUCCUUUGUUUCUUCAAGUGCCGACAAAACUGCCGUCUGCUGGGCCUUACCAACAGUGUUUAAAGACUUUUAA